CUCAUUUUCCCUAGCGGCCGAGCCCCUCUCCCUUGCGAUUCUGCCCCCAUCGCGCGACUGCCGACCAGCACUGCUCCGAUCUGCCGACCGCCUGCCACCGUCGUUCCUCUUCUAGCCACAGACACCAGGCGCUCGUCGGAGGCCCGCAUUUUGUGCCCGUGCCCUAGUCGCAGCUGCCCUGUGCGCUAGCCGCAGCCGCUCACUCUUGCAAGCCCCGAUCGUAGACGCCUGACGCCGCCGAUGAUCGGCAAGUCAAACUUUCCCUUCCUUCCGAUCCAACCAGCCGGCUGCUUUCUUCCUACGCCCCGACAGCAGCACCAAUGAGGGAAAGAAGGGCCUAUGGCUGAAGAGCAUCCAGCACCAUCAACAGGGGAGCUGACUCUCCAAAAAAUUGCUGUUUCAUCGAUCGGAUUUCAAGAAAAUGAUCAAAUCGACCAUGCGUCUGAUGACUGUUGGUUUGAUGAUGAGCCUCCUGUUGAGACUUCAGGUGCUGAGUUAAUCAGAGAGCAGAAGUGGCGACAUGACCAUUUUUAUACAAUGGGUUAUCGGGAUGGUAUAUCUGCAGGCAAAGAGGCUUCUGCCCAAGAAGGCUUCAAUGUGGGCUUCAAGCAAUCCGCAUAUGAUUGUAGAUAGUUUGUUAAAAAAUGAAGUUGUAAAAAUAGUUAGACAAAAAUAGAUAGAAUUAUAGCCCUUAAGAUAACAGUGGUGAAAUAAAUUAUGAACAAAAUGUAUAUGUACCAUAAGUAGGAUUAGAUAAAGCUAUAAAAUCAAGGUUUUGGGACAACUUAAAUGAAGUAUUAUAAAAUAUUUUGCUAAAUGAAA